GGGACAUCCAUAGUUUUAACGUCCUUGCAUCUUGCCGGGAAUAUUUUGAAAGUUGCUGGGUGUGUGCUGUCACAGUUGUCUAGUGUUAUUUUUCUUGUAAAACUGACAAAACGUUUUACCGCUACUGGCUUUUGGUCCUUUACAACACAUUUGGCGACGUAGUCAGAAGUAGGCAUAUUUUUGCAUGUUUUACAUGGAACAAGAAGCACGGGAAACCCCUUCUGCUGGAGCGAGGGAAGCCGGAGACAUGACCGAUGUCGCGGUGUUUGAUUUGGAGUCCUACGUUAACGUUGAACUCGACAUGAAAGAGGACAACGGGACUCCUAAAGUGGGACAUAAUGUGUCCGCUACAAGUAAAGCACUGUUUCAGGAUGAAGAGGAGGACCAAGACGAGAGUGAAAGUGAUGGUGAUGAUGAUGGCAGUAGCACAGACCAUUUUAAUACUGAAAAGACUGUGACUCGGCUGCAGAGAUGUGAGCAUCAAAAAGGUGUGAAUUCAAGUCUUCCUGACACCUUCCAGACCAGCCACCUGCUGUUCUAUGAGAGGUUCAAGGCGUACCAGGACUACGUGCUUGGGGACUGUAAGCCCUCCGAGGUAAAGGCCUUCACAGCAGAUUACUUGGAAAAGGUGUUGGAGCCGAGCGACUGGUUAGCUCAGUGGUCUACUGACGUCUUUGAUGUUCUGGUGGAGGUGCGUGAUGUGGAUUUUAAAAACCUGAAGGCAUGUGUGGAGCUGGUGCUGCCCCUGCAGUGUGACAGCAGAGGCUGUGAACUCAAUGAGGAAGCCAUGAAGUCUCUGCUGGAUGCCACUCAGCACAAAGUCCACCUGCAGGAGCUCCAAGUGGUCUACGAUGAGUCUGGGGACUUUGAUCAGACUGCCCUUGCUCUCGAGCACCUCAGGUUUUUCUAUAAACACAUCUGGAGACUGUGGGAUGAGGAAGAUGAAGAUGAUGAUUUUGACUACUUUGUUCGUUGUGUGGAGCCUCGUCUCAGGCUAUACUAUGACAUCUUAGAGGGCAGAGUCCCAGCAGGCCUGGUGGCAGAGUAUCAGUCUUUACUGGAAAACUGCUCCCAGUGCUUUAAGCAGUUCUCAUUGGUGCGCAGCAGCCUCAGCACUGACUCGGACUCAGAGCUGGAUAACGUGUCUAUGGUGGAGGGUCUUAAGCUCUACGACCAGCUGGAGAUGUUGAAACGCAAGCUGCACAUCAUCGAGAACCCCCUGUUGAGGUACGUGCUAGGCUGCAAAGGAAAUAACAGACAGCAGUGCGUGCAGAGCCGUGGGAUGAGGGCAUCAGGCAUGAAGGUGGUCCAUGUGGUCACAGUUUCCUGCACCAACUUCCAGCUCCAGUCCCUCCUCAGUGACAGACUGCAACCUCUGGGCUCCUCUGAAGACACUAGGAUUCAGUUCCAUACAGACCCAGUCGCUGCAGUGGAUUCGUGCCAUCAGGGUGACGUGGUCAUUAUUCUUCCAGGAAUCUACAAUGUCAGCAGCACCAUCUUCCUACCAGACUCCAUCAGUAUAGAGGGCUUUGGGCCUCCUGAUGAGGUAGUGAUUGAGAAGAAAAACAAGGAUGGCUCAUUUGUGGAGUCCACAGGAGCUGAUGUCACGCUGUCCAACAUCAAGCUCAUCCAACACGAUGCAAUUGAGGGCAUUCUGUGUGUGCGUCAGGGGACUCUGAAUAUGGAGAACUGUGUGCUACAGUGUGAGACCACCGGAGUUAUUGUUCGAACAUCUGCCCAACUCACCAUGAAAAUGUGUGACCUGUACGGCUCCAAGGGAGCCGGUGUGGAGAUUUACCCUGGUAGUGUUUGCAGUCUUGUUGGUAAUGGUAUCCAUCACUGUAAAGACGGGAUACUCAUAAAGGACUUUGCUGAUGAGCUAGAUGUGAUGCCGUCCAUCACCAUGGAGAACAAUGUCAUCCACAAUAAUGAAGGCUACGGGGUGAUUGUAGUGAAACCAAACAACGGAGAACAACACAGAGUUCCUCUGGACAGAUGUGAAGAAGACCCCGCAGCACCGACCAGCAGCGGCAACUCAGCAGACGUUCAGCCAGAAUCCGUGGAGAACAACGGCACAGACCGUGGCGUAGCCACCGCUUCAAGCAGGAAGUUGCAGUUAAGUCGUCAGCUGAGUAGAAACAAGGAAUGGUGUUGUAGCCAAGCUGUCCAGGAUAUGGUGGACCGCCAGAUCUUCGUCUCCCUUCAGGGAAACCAAUUCAGGCGCAACAAUAAAGGCGACUUCGGCACCUUUUUCUACUGACGAUGUCCACUCUGAACUUUUCUACUGAGAAACACAACAGAACUAACACGUCUUUUCUGUUCCUUCCACAGUUUGUUGUGGAGCAUUAAUUUGAUAACUGCUUCACAUUUUAUUUGAUUUAAUUACUUUGUCAUCAAAUAAGUUGAUGUCCAUCCUUUGAGCAGAACUCAACAAAACUGAUUUUCCAGUGAAUUGAUACUUAUGUUUGAAUUUGCACACAUGCUUUUAUCUUAUUUAUUUACUUUCAACUCCAGCUCAUGCUAAAUGUUUAAACAUUUUAAUGCACAUUUUGGAAUCCACUGGUGGUGGGACUUCAGAUUUAGUAAAUGUUUGACUUUUUAAGAUGGUGACUUGCUGAAAGCAGUGCACUGUUGAUGAUUGAAAGUACACAAAUAUGAAUUUCUUUGAUUUGUUCACUACGUCACACAGGUGUUUUCAAAGUUAAGAUGUAUUUUAUGGCUGAGGGAAGUCUACAGGUUGACGAGGGUAUAAGUCCUGUGAAAAUAACACAGUGAGCUUCCGUAUUUCGUUUGACUGAGGAUACAAAUGAGCUUUUGGUUUCGCCUGCCACGUUUGGAAAAUGUUUAUUGAACAAACUUAUUGCAGAUUAAAGUGUCUGGAAACGUUUUGUUUUGUUUUGUGGUGGUGCGGUACUAUUCUGUGCAUUGUAAAGCAUAGCAAGUUACCAUGUGAGGUCCUCAGUUCAGUCUUGCUCAAGGACACUGAAAUGUGGACAGGAGAAGCUGGGGAUCCACCCUAGACCAAAACAAUAAAGUUAUCAGCUCAUCGUUUUGCUUUUACAACCCACAGAGGCCAAAAUCAUCUACACUAUGUAGAGCUGACAGCAGCUAUAGAGUUGGAUAAUAAUUUUCUCAUUAUGAGUAACCUGUUUCACAUUGCUUGUUAUUUCAGCCAUUGGUCAUAGAAAUAUAUAUUGAUUGAACUUUAAUCAAACAAGAACUGAAACAGGAGAUAUUGUAGAUUUUUGUACACCUGUGCGUCUUAAUUGUUGGAUUGCCAAAUUGUUUUUUAUUGUUUAAUUCUGGAGUUUAUUGGUGUGAAUACUAAGUCAGCAUAAAUGCCAGAAAUGCCUGACACCUUUCUCCUACAAAUUUUAAGCUACAGAAACUGUUUAACGAUCAAAACCAUAAGCUUGCCUUGCUUAUGGCAUUUCUAUGUUGCACUUUUUGAAAUAAUCAAGCUUUUUCUGCAACAUCUUGAAAAAAAAACAAAUGGUGUUACUGCUUCAGUAUAUGUUCAGCUAUAGACUGUUCAUGUAAAUGUUGAGCUCUUAAAGCACAUUCAAAAAAAGGAAUAAAAUCACUCAAACAAUUAACACAAAGCACA